AUGACGAUUUUUACCGUGUGCGGCACUCUCCGGGACUCCCGGGCAUUCGAUUGGUGCUGCCGGUUUCUUCCUUGCCUCUCCGAUCCCGCUCGGAGGUCUGCUUUGGGUUUAAAGGUUGCAUUGGUGACGCUGCUGCAUCUGAUAUAUGCUGGUGUUCUUUUUCUGUUUAAUGAAGGUUUGAUUGAGAAACUUGAAACAGAACCAUGGUAUACAGGAACAUAUUUGACUCUCUUUGUCAUUGCAUUGGUUCAAUACUUGGUUACUUCUGGCUCUUCUCCUGGCUAUGUCCUUGAUGCAAUGAGGACAGUGAAUGAGGCGAAUUCAGCAACAGUAUCAAAACAGCCUGCAGCUUCAAGCAAAGGAAGCGUGGUUGUGACAGUGGGAGGCAGUUAUGGAACACCUUGGAGAAAACUUGUAAUGGACUUGUAUCCUCUCGGAACACCGGUUAGCAUCUGCUCCAAGUGUAAUGCUGAGCAGCCACCCAGAUCAAAGCAUUGCCGUGAUUGUGAAAGAUGUGUUCUUCAGUUUGAUCACCAUUGUCCUAGCUUUGGAAUAUGCAUCGGUGUGGGUAAUCGUUUUAAAUACUGGUGCUACAUUUGUGAAGAGACUGCAUUGUGCCUCUGGACUGGUAUCCUAUAUAUCACAUACCUGAAGACUAGUGAUAUAUCAAGUGCUUGGUGGAAGGAUGCAAUCAUGAUUGUGCUGUUGGUUCCCUUGUCGAUUGUGCUCCUCUUUCUCCUCUUCUUGCUACUCUUUCACAGCUAUCUUAUUCUCACCAAUCAAACUACCGAUGAGUAUGUAAGACGUAGACGGAUCACAUAUUUCAGGGGAAUUCCUGAAAGAGUAUAUCCUUUCAGUAAAGGAGCAUGCAGAAAUUUAUACGAGUUCUGCUGUCUUCGAAGCAGUAAAUACAGAAUGGAAUCGGUACCAACAGUUCUGGAACUUGAAGAAAAAGCAAGACCUUAUACAUGUACGGAAGUGGUAACAUGUCGAUGUUGCUGACAUUGAAACUGUAUCAUU